UAGUACAGUGGGGAAUCCGAGAUACCAAGCGCUUAUCAUCUUUGGCUUUGUCACCUCUACUAGCCAACGUAAACGAAGCCAUGCAUGGCAGAGGCUUAGCGAGGAUCAUGAAUCUGCAGUCUUACUUCUUGAACAAGCAUUGUCAGAGAGCAGACAAAUACUUAGCCGCUUGGGAGACGUCGCAGAAGGUUUUAAGGCUACCGCUGCAGCAUCCUCAGUUGUAAGUACCAUCCUUGGCCUCGUCCUUUUCAAGGGGAAAAGGGGCUCAAGGAUGGGCUCAGGGAUGCGACGCGGUAGCUCUAAAGGGGGGCAUCUUAGCGAACUUGAUCAACUACGUCUUAUCAGCAAUUGUAGCCACUUUUCUAGUCGUCAUAGCCUUCGAACGCCGUGACGACAUCCCCAGACCCCUGAUCGGAUUGAGCGUAACCUACUGUUUCGUCCUGCCUUUCUUCUGCAAUCUCAUUGCGUUGUUUUGGUUUUCAGUUUCUCUCGGUUUGAUGCAGGUCGAACGCGUAUUUGACUUACAGGAAACGAGACAGGAGGAGCAAAUCGAAGCAUUUCGGAAGGCGUGGGAGGUCUACAUGUUAGCCGGUUUGGGGAAAUCAACAGUGAAGAUUAAGGCUUGCUGUAAUUCUUUCAUCUUUUGAAGCAUCUAAAUCUAUGAUAUACAGUACUACUUUCUUUGUUUCCCUUUUGAUGUUAGUUUAAGCGAAGGAUAACACGCCAAAGAUGCUUCUUGGCUAGAAUGUGAGCUGCUCUAAAAAAACCAAAAGCUUAUCCUUAGAGGAAAAGCAAGCAAAGGGCAGAGUGGAAAGCAUACCUAGGUUGAUGGAAGAAGGAAAAAGUGUCGAAAACCAGUCUAUACGUUUCAAGGAUUGUGCUUUGCGAUAUGCACCGGUGUUUCCGUUAGCGAUUUCAGGCUUCAAUUUGACGGUGAAAAGAGGUGAGCACAUUGGAAUAUGCGGCCAGACGGGAGCAGGGAAAAGUUCGAUUUGUACGAUGCUUUUUCGGUUAUGGCAGAUUUUUUGCUUACAACAUACAUGAUCUCUAGUUUUGUAGGAUGCUUUUGCAGUUUGGAUCAACAUGGUUUUUGCUUUCAACAUACAUGAUCUCUAGUUUUGUACGAUGCUUUUUUGGUUAUGGAUCAUGGUUUUUGCUUUCAACGUGAUCUUCUCUGUAGUUGUACUUAGCUAGUUGGACCACGAUUUCGAAAAUACAAGGACAACUACAAACCGAAAGUGUCUUUUUCAUCCUAAAAACAACCCCAUGUCUUUCUCUCUAACCCUUUUUGUCAACCUCGAGCAGGGAAGUACCUUCAUCGGCGAUGCAGACACCUCUAA